AACGUGUAAAACCAAUUCUAAGAGACUGCAUUGAUUGCAUGCACGUUUUUUUGUUAAUGUUUUCCGUGGUCACCAGGCCCCCACCCCUUACCAAAAUCGUAAAUUUGCUGUUAAUAAGCAAACGUUUACGCCAUUAUUACCGCAACAUGGAGUGCACAUUGCUGUCGCCGCCUGCCUCAGUACGUGGCAUGCGUGAGCUGCAGCGCGCGGACUUUCAAAAACAUGUGCAAAUCCCCCGACUACGAGUGCCCGAAUCUCAGGUGCAGCGUGUGAUUCCGUUGGUUAAGAAGCUGCUACUUAAAAUGGAGCAUCUGCACCCAGUACGAGCCGUGGAGAAUCAACGUGAAAUACUGUUGCAUCCACUACCUGUUAAGAAUUGGGAGUCCUUACCCACCGCCGAGCUGGAGCAACAGCAGGUGACGCAGGAGAAUUUCAGUCAUGCAGAUCUCGAGUUGACCUACGAAAACUGGAGCGCCAAUGAGAUAUUGAAGAGUGUGCUGCCAGAGAACGAAGAGGGACUCUCUUCCUUUUCGCGGAUUGGGCACAUAGUCCACUUGAAUCUGCGUGAUCACCUGCUUCCCUACAAACAGCUCAUCGGUGAGGUGCUGCGCGAUAAGCUGCCCAAUUGUCGCACCGUGGUCAACAAGGCGGCCUCCAUUGACAAUACCUAUCGCAAUUUUCAGCUAGAGCUGAUUUGCGGUGAGCCAGACUACCAGGUAGAGACCAAAGAGAACGGCGUGCCUUUUGAGUUUGACUUCUCCAAGGUCUAUUGGAAUCCACGUUUGUCUACAGAGCACGAGAGGAUUGUCAACAUGCUAAAGCCUAAUGAUGUGCUCUACGACGUGUUCGCUGGUGUUGGUCCCUUUAGUGUGCCAGCGGCCAAGAAGCAUUGCAAGGUGCUGGCCAAUGACCUGAAUCCCGUCAGCUAUCAAUGGCUGCAGCACAAUGCCAAGCGCAACAAGUGCUUGGCACAUAUCAAAAUGUUUAAUAAGGAUGGGCGAGAGUUUAUCCUAAAGGAGCUGCGAGAGGAUUUGCUAGAGCGUUGGCGCACCCCAGCUACAGCUGAGCCCUAUAAAAUUCAUGUAACCAUGAAUCUGCCAGCAAUGGCUGUGGAAUUUCUGGAUACGUUUCGAGGCUUAUAUACGCCGGAGGAGGUACCAGAGGAAGCCAACUAUCCACUAGUACAUGUCUAUUCCUUUGCCAAGGGAGAAAAUACCAAGGCACUGGUGCAGCAGCUGGUGGAAAGUAAUCUGGGUGCAACAUUGGGUGACGAGCUGCAGGGAAUAAGCUUUGUUCGCAAUGUAGCGCCCAACAAGGACAUGUAUAGAGUUUCCUUUAAACUAACCCGAGCGCUCUUAACCACGCCCAAGCAGCUGCUGGGCAAGCGACCCUGUUCCACAGAUGAAACAAAUGAGGAGCUCGAUGUGGCUGCCACAAAAGUUAAAUGUGUUUGAC